AACGAGCAAUUAACAAUAAUAAAUCACAAUUCCUCUAAAAUCCUUUUCCUUUGUCUUCUUCACUUUUUCUUCACCAUCUUCCUCUCCUUUUCCUUCUUCUUCGCCAUCACCAUCUAAUCCAGCAACACACCCAUUAUCUACUACUCUCUCUCCUACACUCACAUUACUCUCUUUCUUCACCCCAUUUGCUAAAAAUUCAAACUUUACAAUUUACACUCUUCUUUUCAUCCUUCAAAUCUAAACCCACCAAGCUUCAGUGUUCAUUUCCCUUUUCAGCUUGCGUGCUAAGAAAAGUAAGGAAGUGAAAAAGGAAGAAACUUUCCAUCUGGGUCAUGAGAUUUGGUGUGUUCAAUUGUUUAACAUUCAUCAGUUCUUAGCUUAGGCUUUUAAUUUGAGCUGUUUUCUAUUUACUUAGAUCUCUUUAACUUAGAAAUUGUCAAGUUUACUUUUUUAGGUUUUUCAGCUGUGAUACCAUACCAAUAAAUUUCCUUUGUAGAAGCUUGAACCUUGAAGAUUAAUCAUGCAUUCUUCUAAAUGAACUACUUUUUGGGGUAGUUUGGGUCCCAUCUGUGCUUAAAGUUUCAAUUUUUAGUACUCAAGUUCAGCUUUUUGCUUUUAUUUUGCACAAUAGUCAAAAGGGCUUUCAUUUUGUAAUCUCUUUUUCUCCUUUUUAAGUUAGCAUGGGUCUCAACACUGUCCAAUUUCAAGAUUCUCUGUUAAAUUCAUGGUGGUAACUUCCCAAUUUGUUGCAAGAUUCUGAGAUUUUCAUGGUGGUAGUGUGUGGUGGCUUGUUGAGUUUCUGAGCUUUGGACUAAGGUGAUUGGUGUAACUGUGAGUUUGUGAAAUUGAACUUAUCAUAAUAUAGACAUGCUUCAAUUGGAGUGUCUCCUUAGAUUAGCAUUGUUGCUUUGUGUUUCAUUUGGCUUCUUGUUACAUCCUGCUGUAACAGCUGUAAUACCAUUAGGUUCCAAACUCUCGGUUGUAGAUAAUAAUUGUUGGGUUUCCACUAAUGGCGAUUUUGCAUUCGGGUUCUUUAACAUUACCGACGAACCUAACCAGUUUAGUGUCGGCAUUCGUUUCAAUUCAAAGUCUAUUCCUUAUAGCCAACAAACACUUGUAUGGAUUGCUGGUGGUCAUGUCAAAGUAAGCAACGUGUCGUAUUUCCAACUUACUCCACAAGGGGAACUUGUCUUGUUUGAUUCCUUACACGGAGUCACUGCAUGGACUAGUGGAACCGGAAACGGAUCGGUUGUUUCGGCUGCUCUUCACGACAAUGGAAAUCUUGUUCUUAUAGAUGCAAAACAAAAAGUUAUUUGGCAAAGUUUUGAUAAUCCUUCUGAUACACUACUCCCCGGACAGAGAUUAUCUGUAUCCAAGUAUCUUCGGGCUUCAUCCAAGGACCUAGAGACUAGUUACUAUAGUCUUUACUUGAAUGCUUCUGGUCGGUUGCAGCUUCGUUGGGAAAGUAAUAUUGUAUACUGGACAAGUGAAAGCCAUUCUUCUACUGCAAAUCUCACUGCUUCCAUCACAUCCGAUGGAUCUUUUCAACUUCAAGACCAACAUUCUAAAGCUGUUUGGAGUGUGUUUGGAGAAGACCACAACGAUUCUGUGAGUUAUCGGUUUCUUAGGUUAGAUUUGGAUGGCAAUCUCCGGUUAUAUUCAUGGAUGGAAGAUUCGCAGUCAUGGAGAUCUGUUUGGCAAGCUGUUGAUAAUCAAUGCAAGGUCUUUGCUACUUGUGGCGAGCGUGGUGUCUGUGUCUUCAAUGCUUCAGGUUCUGCUGAGUGCAGGUGUCCUUUCAAGACAAUCGAAACUAACAAAUGUUUGGUUCCGAAUAAACAGGAUUGUGCUUCUGGUACCGAAAUGAAAGUGUACAAGAACAUAUAUCUAUAUGGAAUUUACCCUCCCGACGAUUCGAUUGUCAUGAGUAGUUUGCAGCAAUGUGAACAGUUGUGCCAGAAUGACUCCCAGUGUACAGUUGCAACCUUUUCGAACAUCGGUAGUCCACAAUGUUCCAUAAAGAAAACAAAAUACAUAACUGGCUAUGAAGAUCCAUCUCUAACCUCAAUAUCAUUUGUUAGGAGUUGCGCAGAUCCAUUUGCUGUAAAUCUCAGUUUCACAAUGUCGCCUCCAUCAGAACCGUCUCCUCACAGGCUUUGUGUUUCUUGCUUGGUAGGAGCAGCGUCAGGAACAUUUUUCAUUGUUGGUUUUGUCCAGCUGGGAAUUGUUUUCUUCAUAUGUAGAAGAAAAAGUUCUACUAUGAGAAGAGUCACACUAGCAUUCACAUUCCCAAAUUCGAAAGGUUUGAUGGUGUUAUCCUUUGCAGAAAUCAAGAGCGUCACCGGAGAUCUCAAGAAUCAAGUUGGGCCAAAUAUGUUCAAGGGCGUGCUACCAAGCAAUCGUGUAAUUGCAAUCAAAGACCUGAAUGCAUCCAUAGACGAAAGGAAGUUCCGGAGCGCUGUUCUGAAGAUAGGGAACAUCCACCACAAGAACCUAAUGAAGCUGGAGGGUUACUGUUGUGAGUUCAAUCAUCGGUAUUUGGUCUACGAAUAUCCCAAAAAUGGCUCGUUGGACAAGUAUUUAGACGAUUGUACUCUUUGCAAGAAGCUAACCUGGAGAAAGAGAGUUGAAAUAUGCUCAAGUGUCGCGAAAGCAAUCUGUUAUUUGCAUUCGGGGUGUAGGGAGUUUAUAAGCCACGGAAACUUGAAAUGCGAGAAUGUAAUGUUAGACGAAAAUUCAGUUGCUAAGGUGUCUGAGUAUGGAUUUGCAAUAGUUAACGGUGAGGCUACAUACUGCGGCUUUUCAGCAGAAAAAGACGUAGCAGACUUUGGCAAAUUGGUGUUAACCUUGUUAACCGGGUGUCGCGAUCACGAACAAGUCUGCGAAUGGGCUUACAAGGAAUGGCUAGAAGAAAGAGCAACUAAUGUGGUAGAUAAAAGAAUUGACGGUUGUGCUAAUUCGGACGAACUCGAACGUGCAUUAAGAAUCGCGUUCUGGUGCGUUCAAAGCGACGAACGUAAAAGACCUUCGAUGGAAGAGGUAGUGAGAGUACUAGAUGGUACAUUGAAUGUUGAUCCACCACCACCUCCAUUUCAUUUGGCAUUUGAUCCACAAGAGAAUGGUUCAGAGUCAGAAAUAGAAUCAGUGGUUUAGUAGUGUUUGUUAUGGUAAGUUUACAUUUUUUGUUGCCUUCAGAUUGAACAUGUAUAGUAUAGGACUAGACUAACAUCUAGGGGAAAAAUAGGCAUGCCCUUAAAAUUUUGUCCCUCAAAGCUAUAAGAGGGCACUGAUUGUAAAGUUUGAAAACCAUGUUCAUUUGAGUUUUAUGGCAUCUUUCUGAUUUUAA